GUCCGUCCUUCCCCCCUUCCUUCCGGCCGCCAUCUCGCCCUGCCCCGCGUGCUGAGCUCGCUGCCGCCGCCCGCCCCGCCUCGCCCCGGCACCGCCGCGCCCGCCCCGGGAAGAUGAAAGAGACGAUAAUGAACCAAGAAAAGCUCGCCAAGCUGCAGGCCCAGGUGCGCAUCGGUGGCAAGGGUACUGCUCGCAGAAAGAAGAAGGUUGUCCACAGAACAGCUACAGCAGAUGACAAGAAACUUCAGUUUUCUUUGAAGAAACUGGGAGUCAACAAUAUUUCUGGAAUUGAAGAGGUAAACAUGUUUACUAACCAAGGAACAGUCAUACACUUCAAUAAUCCUAAAGUUCAGGCAUCUCUGGCUGCUAACACUUUCACUAUCACCGGCCAUGCUGAGACAAAGCAGCUGACAGAAAUGCUUCCUAGCAUCUUAAAUCAGCUUGGAGCUGACAGUCUUACCAGCCUGAGAAGAUUGGCAGAAGCUCUACCCAAGCAAUCUGUGGAUGGAAAAGCACCACUUGCGACUGGUGAAGAUGAUGAUGAUGAAGUUCCAGAUCUUGUUGAAAACUUCGAUGAAGCUUCAAAGAAUGAGGCAAACUGAACUCAGUGUCACUUUCUGAAUAAAGUUAAAACUUGAAAAAGCUA